AUGGCAACUUCUAGUGGGUUCUCCCAGUCUCCUUUUGAUGUUAUCGAUAUCCGCCGCGAAGAUCUCGAUGGAUCUCUUCUGAAACUCAUGCUCAAAUGUCUCGAACCUGAUGACAAUGGUCCCCGAACACUGCCUACCUUAAUUCUCUACGACGAGGCUGGUCUGAAGCUCUUUGAGGAGAUCACUUUUCUAGAUGAGUAUUACCUGACCAAUGCUGAAAUUCAAGCACUUGAAACACACGCGAGAGGCAUUGCUCAACAUCUUCCUGAGGGAAGUCGCUUGGUUGAGCUUGGAAGCGGGAACUUGCGAAAGGUUGAUAUCCUACUGAGUGCCUUUGAGGAAUCGAAGAAAGCAAUCGAGUACUUUGCCCUGGAUCUCUCACUACCGGAGCUUCGCCGGACUCUUUCAGCUAUACCUGCAGGAACAUAUCACUAUGUCAGAUGCGCGGGGCUUCACGGCACCUAUGACGAUGGACUAGCAUGGUUGAAGCGCACCAAGGAUGCAGCAAAAGCAACUUGCGUCCUUUCACUUGGGUCCUCUAUUGGCAAUUUUUCUCGCAGUGACGCAGCUGAAUUUCUACAUCGAUUUGCGGAAGUGCUAGGUCCACAAGAUUCACUGCUCAUUGGUCUUGAUAGCUGUCAGGAUGGCGAUCAGAUCUUCCGAGCGUAUAACGACUCCAAGGGAGUGACCCAGGCUUUCUAUCGGAACGGACUGACUCAUGCUAAUCGCUUACUGGGGUACGAAGGCUUCAAGCAAAAUGAGUGGGACGUGGUGGGUAGAUAUGACGAACAGCUUCAAGGUCACGAGGCCCACUAUCGCGCGCUUGUCGAUGUUAGUAUCGAUAGUCUUUACAUUCCGGCAGGGUCCAAGAUUCAUUUGGAGACGGCCUACAAAUAUUCUCGCGGACAAAUGACCGAUUUGUGGCACGCUUCAGGGCUCAUUCACCAAGCUGCUUUUGGUAACCAAAAAGGUGAUUACAAUAUCCAUCUCCUCUCGCCUGCAGCGAAACCGUACCCCACCAAGCCUGAAGACUAUGUUGCGCGUCCAGUCCCUUCGCUCAAAGACUGGCAGGGGCUUUGGGCUGCAUGGGACACAGUGACCCGGGGUAUGACGGCAACGGGUGAAUUGUUGACCAAACCCAUCAAGCUGAGAAACGACUUGAUAUUCUACCUUGGCCACAUUCCAAGCUUCUGUGAUAUACAGAUCACGAAGGCUACCGGACGAAAGCACACUGAGCCAGUAGCGUACGCGGCCAUUUUUGAACGCGGCGUCGAUCCCGAUGUCGAGAACCCAGAGCUGUGCCACAAACAUAGCCAUAUCCCUGACACAUGGCCACCAUUGCUUGACAUAAUUCAGUACCAAGACCGAGUACGAAAUCGAGUCACAUCUUUGAUUACUUCAGGAGAAGCUGAUUCGAAUCGGAAUGUUGGGCGGUCACUUUGGCUUGCUUUCGAGCACGAGGUUAUGCAUCUAGAAACCUACCUUUACAUGCUCCUGCAGAGCUCAAAUAUCGUACCUCCACCGGGAAGCACAACACCUGACUUCGAAGGACUUCACACAGCAUCAGAAACCAAUGCUGUGCCAAAUCAGUGGUUCAGAAUCCCAAAGCAGGAAGUCCGGAUUGGCCUCCAAGACCCUGAAAACGACUCUGGCCCUGAACGUUACUUUGGUUGGGACAAUGAAAAACCUCCAAGAAAUGUCGUUGUUGGGGAGUUUGAGGCACAGGGGAGGCCGAUCAGCAACGGUGAAUAUGCAAGAUACUUGCAAGCGACUAACAAGACUGCGAUCCCUGCUUCCUGGGCCAUCACAGAAUCGAGCAAUAAGUGUAUGAAUGGUUCUGUGAAUGGUAAAAUUCUGAAUGAUGUGACAAGCAGUAACCAGAAUGGUACAGAUGACCUGGGCCAAAAGUUCCUAAAGGACAUUUCCGUACGAACAUUCUAUGGACCUAUACCUUUGCAAUAUGCUCUCCACUGGCCAGUAAUGGCUUCAUAUGAUGAGCUCGCGGCUUAUGCAAAAUGGUCAGAUGGUCGCAUUCCAACCUUGGAGGAAGCCAGAAGCAUUUAUUCUUAUGCGGAAGCCAGCAAAAAAGGCCAAGAAGAAGAAGUCUCGAGCUCUUUGAUCUCUGCUGUGAAUGGGCAUCUCUCAAACGAUGGGGUCGAAGAGACACCUCCACAAGGCCGUGGUCUCACCCGUCUCCCAGAGCAAUCUGGGAAACAGGAUAUCAAUGGACAAAACAUAUUCAUCGACCUAACGGGUUGCAAUGUGGGAUUUCAAAACUGGACGCCGACAGCGGUCACACCACAUGGCAAUCGGCUCUGUGGUCAAAGUGACUUCGGUGGAGUCUGGGAAUGGACCAGUUCUGUCUUGCAGAAGUGGGAUGGCUUUGAACCGCAGAAAACUUAUCCAGAAUACACAGCUGACUUCUUCGACGGUAAACAUAACAUUGUCCUGGGCGGCUCCUGGGCCACUCAUCCUCGCAUUGCUGGCCGGAAGACUUUUUGUAUUACCAACGAAGCUUCUCAUUAUCAAAGGCAUUUGACCAUCGCCAAGUUGGUAAAUCAGCUGCACAGCUUUGGUGGCGGCGACCAGAGAACACAUGUUCGGAAGAAAAAGAAAAGUGUUGGGCAGAAUAAUGGCGACGAAAAUCAGUCCAUGUAUGACGACCAGUCCACGCAUGACGAAAGCACCAUCACCGAUUUAUCCUCCAAUGACCUAAGGACACUUGGAGAAGCGCUUGGGUACAGCUCCGACAUCAACGAAAGGUCUCAGAGCCCUAGCGAAAGACGAGCUUCCAGAAAGACCAUGAAAGACAAGAAGAACCAGGAAAAGGCUUUCAAGAAUCAGCAAAAAUUUGACUCAUCUGUCACUCAAGCCCAAAUCGACCGCGUUGCAAGAGUGAUACAUGGUGCCCAAUACAACGUGGAUGGAAAAGGUGGUCAUCCAAGGACAGAAACAAACGAUGACGGUGACAUAUUUAACAGGGACGAUACAUUCAACCCAGCGAUCAAGGAACAUAUGUCAUGGCUUCAAAGGCAGGUUAAGGUGAGCCGAACAAGGAACGGGAAAAGAGGUGCGGACGCUUUGAGAAUACAGCAGGACAAAGAUGCACAGAACGGGCUACCGGUACAGAAGCAAGACAUAGAAGAGCUUGUUUCAGGGAUCCUCGUACAACUUGGGAUUCAUAGUCACAAAGGCCCCCAUGCAAGGUCAACACAUACUGAUUCCCUGGCGCCAAGAAGCAAGAAGCAAACCGUUAGCGUUGUCCUUCAGCUCCGAAAAGAGAUUGCUGCAGAUAUCGAGAAGAGUGAGAAUGAAGCCCGUGCAAGGCAACAGAGAAUGGAGGGGUAUUGGAGAUAUGUCAACGAGACGGUCACUGACAGACUGGCGAACAAUGCUCAAUCAGUUGACCGAGCGACGGGUAUGAGACUCAAAGGGGAUGCCGGACGUGGGACGUCUGCACAGAGGUUGGAGAAACUUGACCACAGGGAAGACAUGGACGGCCAAGACGAAGGGCCAGAGGAGACAGGCUGA